AUGAACAUAAAUAUCGAUAGAUUCCGUCGGCCCAUGCGCUGGGGCGCUGCUCACUCGAGCCAAAUUCUCCUACCUUCUCCAGUACUCCCCCUCACAAUGCGCCUCCUUCACCAAGCCCUAACGGUGUUCCUCGCCGCCGUCCUCCUCGAUACCGCCGCCGCCGCCGACUGUCGCCCUGGCGCCACCCGCCCCGACCGCUUCGACUGCCACGCCUACCACCGAUGUGACGCGGGAGAGUUUGUACGGCUGCACUGCGCCCCGGGCCAGGCCUACAGCGUGUACACCGGCACCUGCGAGCCGGAGUGGCGGUCGCCGGGGUGUCAUCAGGGGGUGACCCAGGAGAUUCACUGAGUGUGACUUAUCUUUGUGUUCAGGGGAUAGUAUGAUGUAUGAGUGGAGUUCCACGCCCUUCGAACUGUGAUGGUCCCCAUUCUUUCUUUAAACUUCAAUGUGUGGUCACACGUGCGCGCUUCUCAAUGGAAAUAAUCUACGGCCAUGGCGACGAGCCCCAUUAAACUGCAAAACAAAUG